AUGAAGAUUUUACAGCAGCACGCUGUACGGUUCUUGGCAACUGCCAGGAAAUUUCACCUCUCUGCUUCAAAUAAAUGCUCGGCCCUGUAUGUGACUUCAGUGAGAGCCCAAGAAACAUAUGGCGUUCUCCAACCAAAUCUAGACGCAGAAAGUAAAUUCAGGAAUUUGGAAGAGUUAAAAAAUGUUAUCGCUGUCCGUGGGAUGGAAAAUGUGAACGUUGAGAAGUUAAAAGAGUCGUGGGACUUCCUGGAGAGUGUGAAAGCCAUAAAGAGGAAUAUUGAGCUAAAAAGGGAGGCCACAACGAAAGAGCUUAAGGAACUGUUUAAAGAUGAAAAGAAAAAUGAAAAAGAAAUAAAACCACUCAAGGCGGUUAGUGUGAUGCUGAGAGAUAAUCUGAAGAGCAUGACUCAGGAAAUUGCAGCCUUGGAAGACAAUGUCAUCCUUAAACUUCUGCAGUUGCCAAACGACCUCCACCCCAAAACCCCACCAGAGAAAAACAAAAUCUUCUACGAGGUUGAUAAUUCAACCUCCAUGCAACCCCAUAAAGAUCUUAUUCGUUUUCAGAAGAAUGCCGUUGAGGACGUGACUUCUGCCAAAGCUCAUUUGGAACUGUCUUUAAGCCAAAUUUGCUACAAAACCAUGGGCGGAUAUGUGAAAAGCGCAAACUCUGAUUUUGUCAAGAGCGUCAUUGCCGAAGGCUGUGGACUGGCUCAUCGAGACGCGAGUUCGGUGCUCAUUCUGCUGUCUGAUGAAGACACAUCACCAGACGCGAGUGUGCAUCUUGUCGGUGGUGCGUCUCGCGCUUCUUUCUGUGCUUUGUUCGCAAAAACUUUGAAUGCCUACGAAACUCUUCCAAUUAAAUUGGUAACUGUUGGCCGACAGUAUUACCCUGACCGAGAGUUGGCAAGCCCAGUGCAGACAACCGCAGCCGAAGUUUUCGCUGUGUUAGAAAAUUGUAGAGAGAAAGAAUAUGACGUUUAUAUGGACAUGCUAGAAGAUGUCAAGUGUCUGUACAAUUCGUUGUCUGUUCCUUACAGAUUGGUUAGCUUGAGUGGGAGAGAAUUGAAAAACUGGGAGUCUCUUUCCACUGCCAUCGAAAUUUUCUCUGUUCGCAAAAAUGAGUUUGUUCAAGUGGGAUUCCUAUCUUUGUGUGGCCCGUAUAUCAGCAGACGCUUGUUAAUGAAGUACAAGCAGAAGAAAUCCAGCGAUUUUCUCAACGUGAUCACUGGCACUGUAAUGGACUUCAAUAAAGUGGAAUCUUGCUUGCUGUAGUUGUCAGAUGGGUAAAUAAAUUAACUCGAGAAGAA